AUGGCACCCAAUCGGACCAAUGUGGCCAUCAAGGAUGGGUCACCCUUCUGGGGCCCCGAAUUCAUUUUCCAAAUUGCACUGUCCCAAUACCAGUCCGCGGCUCAGUCGGUGGUGGAUUUCAAAGAACUCAAACACACCGAAUGGACAAUGACGCAUGCAUUCUAUGCCGACAUGGGUGGAUUUCAUUUGAAAGCCAGAGGCUCGGAGCCCUUCCCAAUCAACGCAAAGCAGCUUCAUCAUUUGGUUCUGAAUAAAUACGUGGAGAUGCCGACGACUACCAAGAGAACCAUCGAAGACAAGAAUAAGGUCGACGCGAUGCUGCGAUUCAUCACUGUGGCUCAGUGUCUCUGGUUUCUUAUCACUACCCUGGGACGACUACAAAUGCAUUUGCCUAUCACAACAGGCGAGCUCACCACGGUGGCAUUCAUCCUCUGCAGUCUACCAACAAAUUUGUGCUGGAUCUCUAAGCCCGCCGACGUGAAGACCUCCGAAAUCAUUGAGACGAGCAAAACUAUCGAAGAGUUAUGGCAAGAAAACAACGUAGAUAAAGUCAAAGCGAAGCAUUACUUCACACCGAUGGACUACGUGGAUCGCGAAGAGAGAGAGUGGGCUUGGUCUAUAUAUUGGUCCAACUGGGUCAAUAUCCUCCGCAAUAUGCGUAUCGUCAUUAUUCAUCAAAAGAGGCCAAUUACUCGAUUCCAAAAUACCCGGGUUGCUAAGCUUACAACAUUGUCUUAUGCCUUGUUCCUACUCGUGACAGCCAUAUAUGGGGGCAUAUUCAUGUUUGGCUGGGAUUAUGAAUUCCCUACCCGCGUCGAACAGAUUCUGUGGAGAGUCUCAUCCACUGUCGUUCUGGCCUGCACGGGCUUCUUCUGGGCAAUCGGUUGGAUCGCCUUCACGUUGUACCCGAAUUAUAUUCGACCAUACCUCAAAGCUCGGGAAUGGGGAAGGAGCAUCCUGUCAAUUGGUGAAAUGGAUCCGUUCGCACACCCGGCAUUGAUCCGUUUCAGCAAAAUCGCGGAACAUAUGGCCAAGUGCAUCAGAAAUAACUCAUUCAACCAAGACCCAGCUAUGCAUGUUCCGUUGAAAGCGAUUCUCCCGAUUUACGUGGCUGGUGUGCUAUAUUGCUUUUCUCGUGCUUACAUCUUCCUCCAGGAUAUUAUCCAACUUCGAUCACUCCCGGCAGAGAUAUUUAGCGAUGUUGGAUGGUUCAACUCCUGGCCUCAUGUGUGA